AUGUCUCAUCAUGAUGAUCAUUCCGGAAAGGAUCACCAAUUUGGAAGUUCUGAAAGUUUGUUCCGAAAAUUUUGCAACAAGAUGAGAGGAAAAAAACAACAAGGAUUUUCUUGUCAAUUUGAACAAGUGGAUACUUUGGAAAAGGAAUCACUAGUGCCUUAUUCCAUGGCGAUUUCAUAUCGAUAUAAUUGUUUAAUUGUAGGAAAUCGGAAUUUUAAUUAUCCCAGUGUGGACAUUUUUGAUUUAGCAUCAAAAACACACAUCCGAUCAUGCAGAGUACAUGUCACUCCUUAUUACAUGAAAAUUGAAAAAAUCAAUCAUGAAGAAGAGUAUUUAAUUUGUGUGCAUUAUUCUAACAUUACUAAAUACAAGUUGCACGAUAUUGUUACUCAGGAUGAUUCCACCUGGUUGUGGAAUAAGGAACUUAGUUAUAUCAGUUCUGUAGCAAUUGACUACCAUCCAACAGAUUCUUUGAAAAAUGUAAUUUUAACAUGCAAAGAUUCGAAUAUUGCCCAAGUGAGUUCUUUGAAUGGAGAAGAAUUGCCACUCAUUACUAUCAAUAAUUUGACCUUCUCAAGCGAGUUGUACUGCUUGGAACUUUUACCAAAUAGAAAUAUAGUUUUAUUUCACAAUGAAACAUUCCAUAUAUUGCAACCGCAAACCGAUGGAACAUGGAGUGCGGUUAGUCAAUUUGGCUAUCGGUUGGCCUUCUGA